UGUACCGUGCCGAUUUUACUGUCGCUCGUCACCGAAUUUCUCAAUCUUUUUAUAGUGUGGCCAUACAUUCAGUCAGAUUUAUGUAUUCGCUGUGCUUCGUUCGAUCAAAAAAACGUCGUCGCAAAAUGAAACAAUUCGCAAAUGAUUCGCCGAUGAGGUGCACAUGUGAUCUAAGGAAAUAAAGACAAAGAUUAAAAAUAACAAGUGUAAAACAGACAAAUUGAAAAUUAUUUUCGCCUUGAAAUCAAUAACGAAAACCGCGAGUGAAGUUUCACAAAGUUCACAAACAUUAAAUUGCUUUUUAAUCAUUUUGUUUCGCAUAUAUUACGAAAAAUGCACAUAAUUUGACGAAGAGAUUAAUUCAACGUUCAUUGACUUUACUGUUUUUGUUUGCCGAUUUUUCUGCUUAGUUCGAUACGUUUUUUUUUUAUUGGAAAAUUAUUUUCUGAAAGCAAUAACCUUUAAGCGCGAUUAAAUUUUGAAAAAAACGAAAACGACAAAGAAAUCAGUUAUAGCAACUAAAACAUAAAAUUAAAAAAAUCAAAACAAUUUGUAAACUCAAAAGCAAAACUUUUGUAAAUAACAUUUCAAUUUUUUUCCCAUAAUUUCUUCCCGGAAAUGUAAAUAAUAAAGAAAUUCAGUCGAUUAAUCGUAAAUUUAGAAAGUUUUCUCCCCAAAUUCCUUACUUUUAGACUACAAAAAAAAUUGUAUUUAUAUUUUUGAUACUAAAAUUGAUUGAUAAACGAUUGAGUCUAGCGUUUAAGGUUGAUCACAUCGAGGUUUCAAAUCUAAUUAAAAUAAGUAAAGCGAUAAACGAAAAGACAUUGAAUACGACAAAGAAUUUGUUUUCAUCUUCUGAAAAAUUGUUCGAGAAGAUUUCAAGUUGAGUAAAAUUGCGUGUGAAAGACAUUUUAAAUCAUGCUAACGCAUAAAAAUCGAUACGAAAUACGAAUAUUGUGUGAGCGAGAGAACGAAAACCAUGAGAGCAAUGAAACGAUGAUUCACAAGCAGCAGUUGAAAUAAUAGAGCGAAAACAAACACGCAGAAUGUCAGAGAAGAUUAUUCUACCCUCGUUCUCGUACAGCAAUUGAAUCGAAAGAGCGGCAAAAAUACCAAAUUCCCUAUAUAAUAGCGGGCCCGAGUAUAUAAUAAAACCGACAAACCGUAUACAAAAACACGGCAUUGUUGUGCCGAGUCACUCUCUCUCUCUCAUUCUCUCUCUCUUGGUCUCUGCAUUGAAUCCAAAUCAAAUUCAAGAACUUCGAAAAAUACGCAAAAUACAUACAACACACCACAAUCAAGACGAAAAUCAAUAAAAUUAUAAAUAUAUUUCGCCUCUCCAUCGGAGUGUUAUGUGUUUCUUGUAUUGGUCGUUACUCAUGUACCAUCUAAUCAUCGUCAAAGUAAAAGUCGAACACACUUUUGCCACGAUGAAUCCAACACAAUCGCCAUCAAAUCUGACAUUUUGCGCCAUCACAAUGCUUUGAUAACGCAAAAAUCAAUACGCAACGAACAAUAAGAACAAUGCAAAAAGCGUUUUUAAAAUGAUGGAAAGAGCAAUGUUAUAGCAUACAAACGGACAUGGUGUUUUAAAGCUGCUUUCGCCCUCGUGCAAAUUGUGUCAUGUUAAAAUUAUCAAGAGCGUAUAGAAUAGAAGAAAGAAAGAAAAAUCGAACGUAACACUAACACUUACUACAGCGACUGAUAUGCGAUAGCAUUUCAAAUAAAACAUUGCAUACAUUUCGCCGGAAAGACAACGAACAUUGAAACGAAAUUCCAAAAUGGCAUUGACUUGUGAAUUUUCUUUGCGGACAUUUUAUAAUUUAUUGUAACAGAGAGCGUAAUAUUUGAUGAUUUAUGUGCUUGAUAAAUGCUAUUUGUUCAGCGUGUUAAAAGGAAUAUCAAGGAACCAAAAAACGAAAGAGUAAGAAAACAUCUAAGCAGCGCUGGCUCGUUUACACUUGGCUAGCCGUUGGCAUCAAACGAAUUUUUGCGAAUAAUCGAACGAAACUUUUGCGCUUCGACAUCCAUCGAACGACACACGAGAAAAAAAAACACACACUUACCACAUAAAAGAACCAAACAAACUAUUAAUAUUUCAAUGAAUUUUAUUUUGUCCGUCGAAAAGUGAGUCGAACUUGUGCUCUUCCUCCGCAAUCCACACUUGAUGUAAUCGUUUUCGGUGGCGAUAACGCGAUAAAAAUACGUUGCUUAAACAAAACAAAAACAAAAAGUGUCCUUCCUGCAAUCGAUUGCACAAUUUAAACAGAUUUGUUACCAGAAACUAAAGCAACAAAAAGAUUAUCGCCUCCUCACUCAAUAGUGUGACACAUUUAGAUUGAAGCAAAAUUAUCGAUACACAAAACAGAAAGAAAACCCCGUAUGUAAUACGUUAAACGCGUCGUACAAUUAAGACAAGUUGAAGCAUUUUUGAUUGAAUAAAAAGAGCUUUAAAGAGUUGAUUUUCUAUCAUUGUGAAAAGGAUAAACAAUCGAAAAAAAACAUAAACAAACAAAAUGACAAUGAGUACAAAUAAUUGCGAAAGCAUGACUUCAUACUUUUCUAACUCGUACAUGGGUUCAGACAUGCAUGGCCACUAUCCGAAUGGCGACCAUUUGGAUGUGAACCAACAGAUGCAACACUACAGCCAGAAUCCAACUCAGAACAAUAUGCCACCAUAUCCACGGUUUCCACCAUACGAUCGAAUGGGAUACUACAACCAGAGCCUCGAACCAACCGGAUUCUCACGACCGGAAAGCCCGUCAAGCCAAGUUGGCAUGCCACAGCAACCGAACGGCGGCACACAAAUGGCCAACCCAUCUCAGCAACAACAGCAACCGGUCGUUUAUGCCAGCUGCAAAUUGCAAGCGGCCGUUGGUGGCAUCGGCGGCCUCGAAGGUAGCUCACCGCCACUCGAACAAAUGGGACAUCACAUGAAUACUCAAAUGACAAUACCUCAUCACAUGGCACAUGCACAAAGCCAAAUCAACGUUCAUCAAAAUCAGCACAUGGGAAUGUACACACAAACGGGAAAUGUGCCGCCUGUUGGAACGCCACAAAGUAUGAUGCAUCAACAGACUGCACAAAUGCAUCAAGGUCAACAGCAAACACCAUCAAAUAGCCAAAACUCACAAGGAUCGCUACCCUCACCGCUCUACCCAUGGAUGCGAAGUCAGUUUGAACGUAAACGUGGCCGACAAACCUACACGCGAUAUCAGACGCUUGAACUAGAGAAAGAAUUCCAUUUUAAUCGUUACCUGACACGAAGACGACGCAUCGAAAUCGCUCACGCAUUGUGCCUAACCGAACGGCAAAUCAAAAUUUGGUUCCAAAAUCGCCGUAUGAAAUGGAAGAAGGAGAACAAGACAAAAGGCGAACCCGGCUCAGGUGAUGGUGAUGAAAUGACUCCUCCAGCAAGUCCGCAAUAAAAUUUGUAUAUGCAACCAUAUGGAUAGCAUCAGCAUUGAGGCCUGUGCAAGCGCCAAAUGGCAAAUGCAUUUGGAACAGACAACAAAAACAAAACACACAAAAAACAGCAAAAAAACACACGCAGAAAACAACUAACGUAAGUGAUUAGUAGAUUACCAACCCAUUCAUUUUGCCAGCAAAGUGAAGAGAACAAAAAUAUUGAAGAAGAAGAAGUAGGAAGAAUACAAUCGUUCUCGUACGUGAUGCAGUUUGUGUUCGUUUCUUGACUUUGAUAUCUCAUGUAUAAAUCAAUUCUCAGCCCAUUUUGUUUAAUAUUUAAUUAUAGAAAUCAAGAAUCACGUAUGCAAAACACCCCCUUUUUUCCCAUUGAGCUUAACGAAACAAAACGUUUUCAAACAAUAACUUACUUUGUUGCAAUAAUUACCGAAAAUUCAGAUCAUUUUUUUUAUUCAUGCAAUUUCGUCGAGAACGAACGAACGAACACGUAAACUGCAAUCACCUACUCAAAGAUCAAAUGGAUUUAAUUCAAAAAACAACUCAUGUGACCUCAACUUAAGUUUAAAAAAAAACUUUAUUAAAAUUAAUGGACAAACAAAUAACUUUAAACACUUGAUUCUAAUCUAAAGUAAAAGAGAAGAAGAAAAAACAUGAAAAAAUGGAGAAAAAAAUUGCAAAUGAAACAAUAUUAACAGUAAACAAUAAUAUUUAAAUUUAGCGAAGAAAAGAAAAAAAAAUGAAAGAAAAAAGUGAAAACGUAUGUAAUUGUGUAAUUAUUUAAUUGAAUUAUUAUUAAUAUUAUUCUAUGCAUAAAUAUGAAGUACACUCACUACUCGAUUGGUAAAUGCAUCAUGAUUCAUGAAUAUAUAAAUGGCAUUUAAGUGUGGCACAUUUUCGGCAUGAAAUCUCUGACAUCAAACGACCGAUGCAACUCAUUUAUAAUCUCUAUCCCUUUCUCCCGAUUACUUUUUUUUGUGUGUGAAUCAUUGAAUAUGAUAAAAACCAAAAUUUUACCAAGCGUAAUUAAAACAUGUUAGACGAAUAGAGUGAAAUUUCACAUCACGCCACUCGAGACAAGACUCAAGCAAUUUCAUUUUUAUGGAUGAGCUCGACUUGUUUCAUCUUAAUUUUUCGUUUGAAUUUUCUUGCCAAGUAGAGUACCGUUGCAUGCAGUCGACACGCAAACAGAUUGAAUCAGAGAAAACCGAGGCCAGUGAUUCAGUGCAAUCUUAUUUUAUUGUCUUACUUACCUUUUAAUUUCUACUCUCAAUACACUUUUUUGAUUCUCUCUUUUAAACUAAAAAAAAUUUAAAAAUUUGUAUUUUAUGCGUUAAUUGGCACAAUCUGUCGAGGUUCUCAUGCAUGCACCCACACACACAAACACACACAGACACACACACACUAAAUUUAAUGACUCUUUUUUGUGGUUAAACAUUUGUUUGGAAUCAAAAUUUCAAAUGCCACUUGAAAAUGAUAACAAUAACAAACAAAAAGAUACGUAAUUCUAAAAAACGACACACUUCUAAUUUGUAAAUAAAUGAUUCAUCCCUUCGUUUGUCGAGGGGAGGAAACUUUUUUGGAAAAUAUUAUUGUAAUCGCUAUUAAUUUUUUAAAUUAAGAAUCGAUUGGUUUGCAUGUUUAGCAAAUGAUAUUCUUCACAUCUCUCUCUCUCAUUCAUUUUAUAUACAAAUCAAAUGUAUGAAUAAAAUUAAGAUUGUGUAAACAUUUAGUUGAUGGUUGAAACAAAGAAAUACUCUUUUAGCAACAAAAUAGAGAGCAAGCAAAGGGUCAUUUAGAAAUUGGUUCCGCUAAGCAACGACUAUACUUAUAUUUGUUUUGCAUUAGAUUUGACAAUUUUUUGCAAAAAGAACAAGCGACUACUUACCCGGCAAUCAUUUUUGAAUUCGCAUCGAACCCAACCAAAAUAUAGUUUACUUCACUCGAAUGAACAAAAUAAAUAAAAACAAACAAAUGAUUUAAAAAUUGGAUAUGGAGUAUACAGAAAAUUUUAGAGAAACAAGUAACCAGUAGAGAAUUUUUAAAAACUUAGAAACUGAUCUCUUUUGAGCAGUAUCGUCUUUGUUAGUUUCAAAAAAAAAAAACAUUUGAAGGAAAGAAAAAACUAUGUAAAAUGCUUCUUUUCGUGGAUUGAGAAUGAAUAAAAUGAUUUUGAACAAAUGCAUUUAGACAAAAUCUUGCACAAUUUCACCCCGUUGCAAUUAUGUUCCGGUGGGAUUGGCCUUUGGGUUAGUCCAAACAAUGAUCAAAACCGCAUCAAUCACAAAUUCUUUUAUUGCAAACGAAAACAUGUAUGAAUUCACAAACACACACAAAAUUUGCAUUUCGAAUGCUGCACGCAAGCACUAGCCUAAGCUAAUUUUUGAAAUUGAAUCAUGAAAAAAAAAGUUUUUUUUGUUUUUUUCCAACUAGAUUUUUUUUUUCGAAACUAAAGCCCAGUGAUUGAAGUUGUAAACCCAUUGAAAAAUACUCCGUAAAUUCAACUGUUCCAAUUGAUUCGUGUAAAAUAAAGUUCCACCAAAGCUGAAUAAUUGAAGAUUGUUUUAAUGCCCCCGAUUUAAUAAUUUACAUGGAAAAGGAAAGAGAAAACCGUUUGUUCUUCUUCAAAUUCAUUUCAUAAUUGUGACAUUUGUUUCUCCGCUCUGUUUAAUGGCUGUUAAAUGAUGUCACGCAUUACCACCUUCAAAACAUUUUUUUAGUCGAAGGAUGUAUCAUUACAUUCAUUGACGGAAUUGUUGUUGGUGUUGAAAAUAGCCGGAACUCAACAUUCGUUCUUUUUUUUUCUUAAAUAGAGAAAAUGCUGAAGAAACAUUGAUGAAGCGAUUUAUACCAAAGCCAUAUAAUACAAAUAGUUCACUUGUAUAAUAAACAAUUUCUCCUAUUAUUCGUGUCUGUCCAUGAGUGUAAAAUAGAAAUAUAUUUUGUGUACAUACAUCUAGUUUAAUUUAAAACAAUAGAAACAGCUAGCGAAUAAUGUGACGAAUUACUCAUAAAAUACUACAUGCAAUCAUACAAUACAGAAAAAACACAGACACACACACAGUGACACACAGUAAUGUAUCACACCUCAAGACAUAGCCGAUGUAAUAGUUUGUUUUGGAAAAUUUCGUUUCACAAACGUAGACUCACAACGAUGAAUACAUCAAUAAAGAGAGGAAGAGAACAGAACUAGGUGAUGGAUCCCUUUGUUGAAGUGGGAUUUAGCCAGGAGAACAUAAUCAUACGUAAUAGAAUUGACCACAAAAUCCUUAUUAUGGCUGAAACAAAAGAGCGAAACAAAAAUUGAUCAUCAAAAUUUAAUAGCUCUUGAAAAUCGAAAAAUGAAAAUGAAAACCCGAAUAUACGUAAUUUCCCAGUGGCUUCAUCAGAAUAAAAUGCAUCAUUUUUCGUAGAUCGAUGAAUCAAUUUUUGCAAAUUUUUCAGAUUAAAAAGAAAUUAACAUACAAUCAAAAAGAAACCAGUAACUUGUGAUUAUUUUUUGACCUUUGGCAUUUGGAUGGCAAAACAAGAGUAAUAAUUAAUUUAGGCAAAAUCGUCUGAAAAUAGAACCGAAAUGACCACAUUAAAAUCACCCACUUUCAGUUGACAGAUUUGAUUUGUGACAAUUGGCAUUGGUUUUAUUUACACUUUGAACAAGACACACGAAAAAAAACAUACACAAUUACACAGGUUUUUCUUUGUACUCAUCGGUUGCUGCAAUUGGAUAGCAAAUUAAAUACUAUUUAAAAAAAAGAACGUUUAUUUAAAUAAACACGAUGGUUUUUUUUCUCUUCGAUUUUAAAUUUUCUAGUUAAGAAUUAAGAACCACUAAGAACAUGACGAAAAGAAGUGAAAUGCAAAUUAAGAAAAUAUUACAUUAAAAACAAACAAACAACUAUAUAUACAAAAGAUACGUAAGGAAGUAAAUUAUUCUGUAAAAUUAUUGGACAAACAAGUGAAUAAGGCCACAACUACAAGAAUCACCAACACAGACACAUUUCUUUGAUAUAUAUUAUUAUAUAGUAAUAAAGAAUAUUUAUGUUGUAUAAAAAUGAAAAACCCACUACUAAUUAAAAUACAAAUAAAAGAUAUUUGAAUGAAACAAGAAA